CGAGCAAGGAAGCAGACGCUGACAGCUCCUCAGACUGAACCAGACUCUGGUUCCACCCGGAGAGAAGCGAAGACAAGAGAAGCAGAGCGAACUGAGCGUUCCCGACCCUCGGCCAGGACCAGCCUUCCCCAGAGCAUCCCCACCGCGGAGCGAAACCUUCCCCGGAGCAUCCACGCAGCGGAGCGCAGCCUUCUAGAAGCAGAGCGCGGCGCCAUGGCCAAGAACACGGCGAUCGGCAUCGACCUGGGCACCACCUACUCGUGCGUGGGCGUGUUCCAGCACGGCAAGGUGGAGAUCAUCGCCAACGACCAGGGCAACCGCACGACCCCCAGCUACGUGGCCUUCACCGACACCGAGCGCCUCAUCGGAGACGCCGCCAAGAACCAGGUGGCGCUGAACCCGCAGAACACCGUGUUCGACGCGAAGCGGCUGAUCGGACGCAAGUUCGGCGACGCGGUGGUGCAGUCGGACAUGAAGCACUGGCCCUUCCAGGUGGUGAACGACGGCGACAAGCCCAAGGUGCAGGUGAACUACAAGGGCGAGAGCCGGUCGUUCUUCCCGGAGGAGAUCUCGUCCAUGGUGCUGACGAAGAUGAAGGAGAUCUCCGAGGCGUACCUGGGCCACCCGGUGACCAACGCGGUGAUCACGGUGCCCGCCUACUUCAACGACUCUCAGCGGCAGGCCACCAAGGACGCGGGCGUGAUCGCGGGUCUGAACGUGCUGCGAAUCAUCAACGAGCCCACGGCGGCCGCCAUCGCCUACGGGCUGGACCGGACCGAGGACGAGGGUCUCAAGGGCAAGCUCAGCGAGGCUGACAAGAAGAAGGUGCUGGACAAGUGCCAGGAGGUCAUCUCCUGGCUGGACUCCAACACGCUGGCGGACAAGGAGGAGUUCGUGCACAAGCGGGAGGAGCUGGAGCGGGUGUGCAGCCCCAUCAUCAGCGGGCUGUACCAGGGUGCGGGUGCUUCCGGGACUGGGGGCUUCGGGGCUCAGGCGCCCAAGGGAGGCUCUGGGUCAGGACCCACCAUCGAGGAGGUGGAUUAGAGGCCCCUGCUGGCUCUCCUGGUGCUGGCUAGGAGACAGAUAUGUGACCUUGAGGACUGCAAUUAUUUUCAAGUUUAGUACUUCACUCCGUAGUUUGUCCUGCAAUCAUGUCCUAGACUUAGGGAAACUGUCCUUCACUUACUUUGUGAAUUGCAUGUGUGCUUUACCUUCCCUGUAAAUUAACACUGUGAGUGUAUAUAUAUAUAUAUAUAUAUCCUUUAAUUCAGCACUGCCCUGGUGAUGUUAUUUGGUUUGCAGCAGGACAGUUAAAGCUAUGUAGAGAGAUAUUCUGUAUCAGAAUACCCAAAAAGAAAGAUAUGUUAUGAAAACAUCAGGAGACUGUUGAGUUCUUUGUGUUUGGACUCUCCCCUGGGCCACAUUGUUGAGACAUGUUUGAGUCCGGUCCUUCAGAGGCCAGGGGUGGAUUACUGAAGGUGGAGACUCUGCUGCUUCUCCUUGUGUUUAUAAUCUUGCACUGUGGACUUGUUUCCCGGUUGGUGAACUUGGAGGUGAGGUUACACCACCAGCAUUUUUUCAGUUUUUACAUAACCAUCCUGAACUCAGGUCAAUUUUUACUGGUCAUUUGAAAGUAAACUUCAAAAUCACUUGCCAGGUCUUGUGCUUGUUGUGUUUUGAGGUCAUGAGUUGCUGUGUAUGACAGUUUCGGCUACGCUUGACUGACAUUUGAUCUGAAGACACAGGUGUGGAGUACACAGGGACAUUGCAUUGUGAUCUGCUUGUGUGAGAAAAAUUAAAGUCAGAGCAAAUAAAAA